AUGGACACGCUACGUAAUAUGACAUCUAGGACUGUGAUAAGUAAAAUCAAGAGACAUUUCACAGUACAUGGUAUACCUCACACUAUUAUUUCAGAUAACGCAGGACAAUUUGCAAGUAUAGAAUUUAAACAGUUUUCAAAGGAAUGGAAUUUUAACCAUAUAACAAGUAACCCUGAAUAUCCGCAGUCAAAUGGUCUUGCAGAAAGAGCAGUACAGAGCGCUAAGAAACUUCUAGAGAAAACAGAGCGAGAAGGAUCCGAUUUGUAUCUCAAUUUAUUGAAUCUUCGCAAUGUGCCUAGUGAUAAUACAUUAGGAUCUCCAGCUCAACGAUUAAUGUCAAGAAGAACGCGCACUUCAGUACCGAUCAGCAAACCACUACUAAAUCCACACAUUAAGAAUUCAAGAAAAAUUUCAUCACAACUUAGCAAGAAGCGUGGACAAAAGAAGAAGCAUUUUGACAAAUCAGCUAAAGCACUAACACCACUUAAGCCAAACCAAACAGUACGGUUACAAACCCCAAAUGGCUAUAAUCGCUUAGGAUUAGUCAAACAUAUUUCCAACAAUCCACGAUCCUACAUUGGUGAAGUAGGAAACACAUAA